UCCGUUGGAUUCCUUCACCGAACAAUUCUUCUCGUCUUCCUCCUCGAUCCCCUUUUGCUCCAUUCGCGAUUGCGUCCAUGGCGCCGACGGCUGAGGAAGAGGAGGCGGCGGGGAUCGGCUGCGGUCGCGGAGCCGUGGCGGUUGAGGCCCUGCUGGGAUUGGUGGCGGACGUGUCCGCGUUGCCGGACAACCGCGGCCCGUUCAGGCGGAUGUGCUGCGACCUCGCGCGGCGGGUGAAGCUCCUCGCCCCACUCUUCGACGAGCUCGGUGACGACGCCGACUCCCUCGGACCGGCCGAGAUCCGCGGCCUCGAAACCCUCUGCGCUGCCCUCCUGGAAGCCAAAGACGUCCUCCGAUUCGUGAACGAGGGGAGCAAGCUCUAUCAGGUUUUGCGCCCACAAAAGUUCGAACAAGUCUUCCGCAAGGUGACCGAAUCUAUUGAGAAGGCACUUGGUGAGAUAUGCUUGGACAAGCUUAAUGUAUCUGUAGAAGUUAAAGAACAGAUUGAACUUGUGCAUUCCCAGCUUUGUAGAGCAAAAGAAAGUACAGACUCACUCGAUUUACAACUAAACAGAGAUCUAAAUUGGGCAAUAAGUGAAAAUCACUGUGAUCCUACUAUCCUCAAAAGAAUAUUAGAAAAACUUCAACUCAAAAAUAAGAAUGACAUCAUGAGGGAGUCUGUUGCACUGCAUGAAAUGGUAAUUUCCGGUGCCGAAGACCCUGAUGUCUCUGUGGAGGAAAUGUCAUCACUGCUGAAGAAGCUUAAAGAUUUUGUAAUCUCAGAAAAUUCAACUUCAGCCAGCAUCGAAAAGAAAACUAGUUUUGCAAAGCAUAGAUCUCCAGUGAUCCCAGAUGAUUUUCGAUGCCCGAUUUCUCUCGAGCUGAUGAAGGAUCCCGUCAUCGUCUCCACAGGACAAACAUAUGAAAGAUCUUACAUCCAGAAGUGGCUAGACAGUGGACACAAGACCUGCCCUAAAACACAACAAACUCUGUCCCAUGCCACUCUUACUCCCAAUUUCGUUUUGAAGAGCUUAAUCGCACAAUGGUGUGAUGCCAAUGGCAUUGAACUGCCCAAAAAGCAAGGUAGUUGCCAAGAGUCGAAGCCAGGGAAUAGUUCUGACUGUAACCGUGCGGGGAUCAAUGUGCUCCUGCAGAGACUGGCAAAUGGGAACCAGGAAGAGCAAAGAGCAGCUGCUGGCGAACUCCGACUACUCGCAAAAAGAAAUGCUGACAAUAGAAUAUGUAUUGCCGAAGCAGGUGCCAUCCCGAUACUUGUACAACUCCUUUCAUCUCCUGAUCCGAGGACACAGGAGCAUGCGGUUACAGCACUCCUGAACCUUUCGAUCAAUGAGGAUAACAAGGGUCUAAUCGUAAAAGCGAAGGCAAUCCCAAAGAUAGUAGAGGCGCUGGAAAGUGAGAGUAUGGAGGCAAGGGAGAAUGCUGCUGCUGCUCUGUUUAGUCUGUCAGUUGUGGAUCAAAACAAAGUCCUCAUAGGAGAAGCUGGGGCUAUACCUGCACUUAUUAAUCUGCUGUGCCAUGGCAGUCCAAGAGGUAAGAAGGAUGCAGCUACUGCAAUCUUCAACCUCUGCAUUUUCAAGGGUAACAAGGUAAUUGCUGUUAAAGCUGGUAUUGUGGUCUACUUAAUACGGAUGUUGGUUGAUCCUAGUGGGGGUAUGGUUGACGAAGCGCUAGCUAUAUUGGCGAUUCUUGCAAGUAGUCAAGAAGGCAAGACGGCAAUCACACAUUCAAACCCUAUACCGCUCAUGGUGAAGUUGAUGAAGACAGGAUCUGCAAGGGUUCGUGAGAAUGCUGCUGCUUUGCUGUUUUCGCUGUGCGGUGGUGACGAACAACAGCUCAGGGCUGCAGUGGAGUCCGGUGCAGAAGAGGCGUUGAAAGAUCUCAUGGAAACUGGCACCGAAAGGGCUAAGAGGAAAGCUAGCAGCCUUUUAGGGCUCAUUCGGCAGACUGCCGACUCUUCCAAUGGUGGUUGUGCCGAAACCUAAAAACAACUGCUUGUUCACACAUCUAAAACAUUGAAGAGCACAAGCUAUUUUCAGUGAAUUAUUGGUGUUAAGACUUGCGGCAUGAGCCUGCUUGUCGGAAUCCUGUAAUGAAGAUAUUGUUGGAUUCGUGCAUGUGAUUCUUUGUUGAAGUUGCUAGUUAAUGGAAAACUGACUCGAUUUCAGCUAUUUAUGCAAAUUAGUGAUGGCUUUAUUCAA